GACGAGCUCAGUCAGUGCAUAGUUAUUCUACUAGGUCAUGGACAUGCAGACCUCACGAGCCCAUUUUGCCCUCGACUCCGCAUCGGCGUCCGUGCUGAGUGCAUGGGAGAACUCCCAGCGUCACCCUCCGGCCCAUCGCCAGCCAUUUGCAUAUAACGGGUACCCCCUCUCGCCCGUGUCGCCGUCGUCAUCGCCCCCGUCGACCUCAUCGUCUCUCCAGAUGGCGACGAGCAACCCGUGGACGCCGCCGCCGGUCUCCGAGAUGGAGAUAAUGCAACUGCGGCGAGGCCUGCAGGUGCACAUACCGGCGACGGGACCAGUUGCCGAACAUGAGCCGAGGAUGACGGCCAAUCAGCCCGGCGCCCCCUUCAACUUCGACUUUGAUUUCUCCCUCCCACACCUUUCUCUCCCGCCGCCAUCUUUCUCGCAACAUCUCUCUCAACACCAACAGCAACAACACCAACAGCAGCGCUGCUCGCCACCUCUCCCAACGCCGACCUCACCCACUUCAUCAUCCGAAUUGUUUUCUUCGCCACCCGCACAUAACAUGAGCUUCCGCCGAGAAUCUUCCCCAUCCUCAUUGAAGCGCUCCGCUUCCGACGACAGGUCCGACACCUCUGCGGCUGCUUCGCCAGUGUCAAAUAAUAAUAAUAAUACCAAGAAGCGAGCCUGCAUGAGUCUCAAGGACUUUGUGCCACCGGACGUUACUGGCCUGUCAAAACGCGAAGCACGUCUUGUCAAGAACCGUGCUGCUGCGUUCCUCAGUCGACAGCGUAAACGUGAAGAAUUCGAACUCAUGGAAAUACGCGUUGCAGAGCUUGAGCGAGAAAACUCUCGCCUGCGUGAGCUCGCAGACGGGCAGACUCCCUCGACUCCUUCACUUUCCUCCGAGUCCUCUGAACUCGAGUUACUUCGCAUGCAGCUUGCAUCAGCUCGUCAGCGCGAAAUUGAACUUGUUCAUCGUCUCGAAGUUCUUAAACACGAACAGAAAGUUAAGACGGAAGCAAGCGAGCCAGUCCUUAGCGACGGAACCAAUUCUGAUGCAGGCGCCAAUUCACCGCUCAUGGCGCCUGCCUCACUCAAGAACAUUGUUGCAAACCCAAAAGGCGGUGCGAGUCUCGGACUGAUGGUACUGCUCUGCGCCUUGCCGUCUUUGCUUUCGCAUCCGUCUUCGCACCCUCGCUCCACUCUCCCUACUUCUCAGUCUUUCUUGGACACGAUCCAAUGGGAUGGCCCUUCUUUCUUCCCCACUGCAACAUCAGGCACUGCGACAGCCGAAGACGUUCCAUCGUGGGAACUUGAUUUCUCUGGCGUCAGCUCGGGCAACAUGGCGAUGGACGUCGACUAUACUAACGCUCAAGACGCCAACGAGGGUGAUGAAUGGAAGAAACUUGAACUAGGGCUUGAUGGCGCUGAAGACAUGGGCCUGUCUGGUCUUGGACUAGGGGCGCUCGACGUCUCGUUUUCUACCCGAAAGACAAAGGACGGGAAGAUCCGCGUGCGCGUCCACUCGCCACCAUCGGCAUCUUCACAAACUCCUGCAUCAUUAGAGUCAGUGUCACAGAUGAAGAUGGAACAAUCGACCCCAACAGUAGAUGAUCUCGUCGAUCCAUCAUCGCUCAUGUCGUUCUCACUCCCGUCACCUGCCAACUCCCAGUCAUCGCCUUCGACUUCCGUUUCGAGUCCACACGAGGGUCCAAACCCGCUUUCGCUCUCGUAUGUAGAUGCAGACCCGCUUGGCCCUUUCUUGGGUGCUGGUGCCUCACCCACGGCAGCUUUCGAUCUGGGCUCACCAUUCGAUUUUUCUUCAUCUUCCUCCGGCUUAAUCGGAGGGCAGUCGGGAGAACGACGACGUGUUCGUAUCGCUCUCCGCAGUUUGCCUCAGCCCGGCGGCGAGGGUGGUGAAUGGGAGGUCGAGGUGCGAUGACAUCAUUCCGUGUACAUAAUAUAUUUUUUCUGCCUUUUCCUUUCUUGUGUUUGUUCCUAUUUGUUACCCUUUGUUUUACUUAUUCCGUUUCCUUCUUGCUCUUAACUCUGUUUUCCCUUUCAUACUUCGCGCCCCUCUCCCUCGUGCCGCUAUAGGGCACAAUCAUAUUUGCUAUCGGGUCUAUCGAGGUCUAUCUCUGCGCUGCCGCCGUUAUUAUAUCCAAAUCUGUCGUGUUGUGUUAUCGGUACCUUCCGAGUGCAUCACAAUAGCCCUGUUUAUGCGCCUCGUCCCUCGUCCCUCCUUUCUACACCCGCAUAUCGUCACCUUUUCUAUAUUCUUGUCCCUUACCAUCCCCUGGCGCCCCACUUGCUGUGCUCACCUUGCUAUCACCACGCCUUACCUCACCCUGCUUCACCUUUCUCUUGAUAUCGAGUUGAGCUUCCUUUUAUUUCGAGCUUUCUAUUGUAAAUUAUAUUAUGUUCGAACCCUAUUUUCGAGCAUGUCUAUAUCCCUUAUUAUUCCGUUUUCAUUGUCUGAUAUUUCUUGCUCUUGGGUCUCUCACGUCCUGUUUUUGCUUUCGGGCUCUUUGGGCUCUCGCGUUGGUACUACACAGUACUUGCAAAAAAGAUGAAUGGAAUAAACAUAAACUACAUACAUAACUUAUUGUACAAGAAAUGAUUAUAGGCUCUCCUGUCC